UCUAAAGAGUCCUAGAUUAGGCAUUUAUCAAUACGUCUGGUACCAUUAAAGUUGAUAGCCCCGAUUAGUCCUGAAACUUUGCAAAAGUACCCUCUUAGCUUGAUUAUACCAAACCCCCAGAACUGUUAUCGGCUUCACUCCCUUACCUCCAGUCAUCUCAAGCAGAGAAUGACCGGACUAAUGCGGACAAUCCUUCCUACGUGUCUGGCUGACAGAACUGCAACCUUACGUCUGGACCGGUUUCAUCUGACCUGCCGGCCUUCAGUCAUUCGCUGGUACAAAGGACCACGCCUAUACUAUCAUCGCUACUAAUGCACGGGAUUUUAUACCCUCUUCAGGAAAUGAUUCGCUAUCCAAUAGAUAAUGGUUUCAGGUACUUGAGAAUGACAGAGUUCAUUGCCUUCAGACACCGGCAUCCAUAAAUACUAGACAGCUGCUUCAUACAGUCUGUAGCCAAGCUGCGUCGACUGCAAAUCCCAACUCGCAGCAAUGUCCGAGCUUAUGCGUACCUUGCCGGCCUCCUGGUAUUGCAGCCAGCCUCUCUAUCAGCUUGAAAGAAGAGCAGUCUUCCUGAAAUCGUGGUAUCUUGUCGGACCCGUCACUAGAUUCUGUGACAUAGGCGCCAAGGAACGACCUUUAAAGCAUCACGUCACGCCAACAGGCCUUGUUUUCGCUACUCUUUCAGACGAGGCGCCCAGCUUCCAUGAGUAUUUCCCGGAUUUGGAGCCACUACUCCAACGGGUGAACUUCACCAAACUCCCGUACAGACACAGCAUCAAAUACGAGGGACGCUUUAACUGGAAGACUAUGGUCGACGGCUACCAGGAAUGCCUGCAUUGCCAAUACACCCACCCGUCAUUCUCCGUAUACUACCCGCCAACCUCGUACGCGGUGCACAAUCAUCAGAACUUUUCGCAGCAUAUCGCAGACCCGGAAAAGCCGGAUGAUGGUCUAUUCCUUUACUUCUUCCCGAAUUGUACUCUGAAUGUGUAUGGUGGAGGAAUGUCCUCGUUCCGAGUAUGCCCAACAGAUGACCCGAAUGUAACGAGGAUGGAGUUUGACUACUAUCAUAUGGAGUCCGGCGAGAAGUUCGACGAAUACUUCAAGUUUGUUCGGCAAGUGGCCAUGGAGGACUAUGAACUGUGUGAGAAAGCUCAAAGCAACCUCACUAAAGGCAUCUAUAGCGAAGGCAUCCUCAACCCGGAGAAGGAGAGCGGAGUGUCAUCUGUGUAUGGCGGACAAAACAGUUUCAACAUGGCUAUGGAAGAACCGUAUCCGGCUCUGCCUCCCGCCUUAUCGGCCCUGGUCUUGGUUUUAUUGCUAGCGGGGCUAGCUUUCCUUCUUCAAUCUUUAUCAAAGCCGCUCUUCCGGGGUUAUAAGUUCCUGCGUAUAGCUAAGCCGACGGAAACCGAGCUGGAUCCUGUUCCCGAUGGUAACGAAAACAUUGUCUGCAAGGAAUCGGAUUUUCCACAAAACUGGUGGACUGGCUCAGAUGUCUUUGAACUCGAAAGACGGGCAAUCUUUAGUAAAAAAUGGCUCUACCUAGCCCACCGUAACCGGUUCACCAAACCCGGCGAUUACCAUUCCUUUGAAGUGGCCGGUAUCCCAAUUUUCCUGGUACUGGGGAAGGACGGCGUCGUGCGAGUGUUCCAUAACGUCUGCCGUCAUCGAGCAUACACAGUCACGCGGAAAGAGUGUGGCUCCUCUAUGAUCCUUGGAUGUCGAUACCAUGGCUGGAGCUAUAACACCAAGGGAGAGCUCAUUAAGGCGCCUUACUUUGACAAUGUUCCCGGAUUUGACAAGACUCAGAAUAGUUUGUUCUCAAUUCAUACCACAACAACACCUGCUGGCUUUAUAUUCGUGAAUUUGGACGCAUGCCCGACGAUGGUGCCAUUGCAGACAAGGUCUCUCGAUGCCUUUGCGGGCAGACAUGGCAUCGGACGACAGUCUACGUGGCUGGGAGGGCAUACAGUGGAAGGUCAGUUUAAUUGGAAGAUUGCUUUGAGGUUGCAGAAAUUCAUCGACCACACAGAACUGGAGACUGAGUUCUCACAGCCAAAAUUAAAAACGCUGUUAUCGAGCUUGUUCAAUUCAUCACGAAUGCGCUCGGAGGAUGUUAGAGUCUUCCCUUUUACGACGAUUCAUACCGUCCGCGGAGGGGUACUGUGGUACUCACUGAGCUUCAUUCCCAUAUCUGAGAGCAGGACCGCGGUCCGGAUUGACUUAUACACCCACAAAGACAUGGGUAGUCCUGCGUCUUCACCAGCAGCAGAAACACUCUUCAACAAAUUGUCGAACAGUAUCCGAGAACUAGAAACCCAGUUCGAGUCACCUUCUGGAACAGCAACGCUCCCCACCUAUAUCACAUCAGCACCAGACCCAACUGGCACAGAUACACAGAGUGAGAUCCUCGAGGCCAUUAAAUCCCACGCCAAAUUAGAAAAACAACUAGGGGCCGAAAUUUUCCCGGCUACGAGGAGACCUAGAAGCAACACACGAUUCGAGCAGGCUGAACAAAUCUGCAAAGACCUAGAUUGCCAAGAAACGUGGAACAGCAAGAGUCUCGCUUGGUGAGAAUGCAUUGCACAGGUAUUACUGUUGCUUUAUUAGUGAAUUCUGUUGGCUGUAUCACUCAGUCGAAUCAAGUCAGUUAGUUAACUAUCCAUAAUUGGUUUCAAUGAUAUUUAAUGCAAAAC